GUCGCGCCCUUGUUUGCUCCACCGACUCUCUCCCUCUGUGUCUCCGUCCUGCCUGCCUCUUGCCCCCCUCCCCUUCUUCUACGCCGCCCGCCAUGAAGCUGCCGGAAAUGUCCCAUUCUGCGGCCUACCACCAGGAUGAGAGCCACCUCGUGACGGCAUAUUUUCCGGACUCAUCGCCCGCUGCUCCUCCUGCAGCCCAUCUCCCCCCGCAGUCUCAGUCCCUGUCCUCGUCGCACCCUAUUCACCACGGGGCUGGGGCCGCCUCCCCGUCAGAACCGGACGGCGUCGAGGACCUGCCCAGCGCUUCGUCCUCGGAUCCUCACCUCCAACAGCCUCACCGUCAUUCUCGACAGCGACACAGUCUCUCGAACCAGCCCCAGGCGUCCGUGGAGCGCACAUACCCCGAGUCUGACCCGGUAUCCGCCCUGCCGGAAACGCUGGUGUCCUCGCCUUAUCUCGAGAACGGCUCCAUAUUGACGCGGGCCUCAAUAACGAGCGAAGCCGUGCGCAAGGAAGGGCGCGUUCGUGGGAGCUGGACCGAUCAUUCUUCAUACAUGUCGGGCGAUAACCACCCCAAUGGCGCAUCUCGCGCACACAAGCGAGCGAUCCAAGACGAGGUCCCCUCGGAGGAAGAGGAGCUGGAUGCCCUCGUGAUGCUGUUUCGACUCACCGUUCCCGUCCCAAUCUUCUCCUUCUGCGCAUCGCUAUACACCAUCUUUGGCCUCAUGUUCGUCAUCCUCGUCUCUCCUCUGCGGAUCUGUCCCUGCAUACCAUACUUCCGAAACACGUCCUUCCGUGCGCAGUUGUGCGGUCUCCUGGUGCCCCAGUUGCACCUUCACGAACGACUGGUCUGCUUGCGACGGCCCUCGGCUCGGUCGUCGUCCACCCAGCCAAUCUAUGAUCCGGACGCAUCAUUCAUCUCCGACUCGGACGAAUCAUACUCUAUCGGCGGGUUGAUGACGGUACUCCUGCUGUCGCCCUUCCUAUCCCUGGCCGUGUUGCUCUUUGCGUGGACGGCAGCGUUCUUCUGGGUCUUUGCCAUGGCUCUCGGGAACCCGGAUGGCACCGAGCGCAAGGAUGAUGGCCGGACAGCCGUGCUCGGAGUCUGCAAAUGGUGGCAGAUAUGGCUAAGAAAGGCCCGGAGACCUCUCGGUUAGCUGAACCGUGGACGGCCCGGGGUUAGUUCCCGCGUCGGCCCUCCUCCGUUUGGCUUUAUCAGGUCAUCUCGUUGUUUGAUGCCGCCAUGAUACCAACGUUUGGGAUAUGUGGAACGAUCUUCUGAGGGGCGUCACCUAGGGUUUCAUUGUUGUUUUUUUUUUUCGCUUCACUUUUCCGAGCCUUGGGGAUUUCCACAGUCGUACAUACCAUGUGAUUUGGGGAAGUUCUCUCUCCGGAGUCGAAGUCGGACUAUCCGCCGUCGGUGGGGUGUUUGCCGUCCGUCUCACGUGUCUCACGUGUAGAAGAGAGAGAAAUCACCACCAACCGUGCGGUGGGAAUCCACAGACUCGGGAAGCGAGGGAAAACCAGGCAACUGGCAUUAUGGGAGUUGGAUUAAUC